AUGGAGGUCACCCGAUAUCUUUCUACUGCAGUAGAAUCAAUUUUUCCCAGAGAUUACUGGUUGAAUCCUUUGAGUAAAUCUUCAUACCCUCGUCUUUCCCAGUUUGCUCGUCGCUUCGUCAUUUGCCCAACAGGUUCCAGCGAAGUCGAAAGACUAUUUUCAACGGCGGGAACUAUUCUGACUAAAUAUCGAAAAACGUUGACAUCAGAAAACUUCAAAAUGCUUUUGACUUUGAACAAAAACAUUCGUUUAAUGAAUCCGGAUAUGGAAGUCAAACUUCCUUCGAUGAUUAAAUCAAUUAAUAGUCUUUUUUGUUACAAACUAUCUUUCUUCGAAAAUAUUUCCUUCUCCUGA